CGCAUAGACCUAUGGCAUAGACGAUAUAAACGCUGUAUGGCUGGCCGUGUCAUGGGAAGGAAGAAAGUACGCAAGCUGAUGUAUCUUUGAGCAACUCGUGGUUGUGGCCUAGUAUCUCGCUGUUUUGUCAUUUGUAACAAAGCGAUUUACGAGUCAGUCUGUUGAAUUUAGGAGCCAUAACAAUCGAUAUAUUUUCGGAAUAGUUUCGCUCAACAAGGCAUGCAUAAAUUAAGUGUGACCAUGUUGCUUGCUUGCUAGCUAGCUAGGGUAUCGAUGUAUGCUUUAGAUAAUAUUUGAGCUUGACGGACUGCCUCACUAGAUUGGCUAAAUCUGCUGCAAAGUACCUCUAUAGCUUUAUCUUGUGUCCUUUUCAAGUAGGUAGUUUUGACAUACUGGCCAAAUGAUGCAGCAAGCUAACUAAAGCUUUCUGCUGAAAUCAUUUGUUCAUUCCGUUAGCCAAUGAAAUGGGGUAUGCUGACAAUAUGUCGGAAUCUGUCAGUUAUGAACGACUGGUGUUCAAAAAUGCAUCAGUUUACCACUAUAUGAAGAUUUACUUAAUAUUGGACAGUGACGACAGAAAGUUCAACGCAGCUCAUUUCAAGCAAAUUGUCAUCUCUGCACUUAGGGAUUUGUACGGAGAGAUUGGAGCUGCAUUUCCUUUCGAUGUUCUAAAAUUUGAGGAAGAUACACUCACAGCAGUGCUUCGGGUUUACAACAGUGGCUUGGUGAAGCUGUGGAGUGCCCUGACACUGCUUGGAUCCUACCAUAGUGAACCAUGUGCUGUCCGUGUUGUACAGGUUUCACCCUUUCUGCUAGCUUUAUCUGGAAACAGCAGAGAACUGGAGCUGGACUGAUCUCUUUUUUGUCUCAUU